GAAAGAGGAAAAAAAGAGAAACGGGAGAGGGCGAGAGAGAGAGAGAGAGAGAGAGAGAGGGAGAGAGAGAAUAUCAAGCGGCCGGUGAAUUAAAAUCAUGCAGAAAUAUGGCCAAGACAUGGAUUACGACUAUGCACAGGAAGGAACAAUUGGACAGAAUGAACAAAAUAUGCCAGUGGGUGGGAAUAUUCCUCGGGUUUUAGAAGCCAGACCCAUGGUAGAUCCUGAAGCUCAAGGUGAGGUCGAUCCUAGUUUAUAUCCCGAACCCAAGGAAGCCACGCACAAGAUUAGGGGUAAGAGCGAUUUCUUAGAAUUCUUCUUUGGUUCCAUCGAUCAAGAACUUCUCACGGUCAAGACCUUUUACUUUUUCUUCUAUUCGGCCUUCGGUUCUCUAUUUCCUCUUAUGGGAGUUUAUUUCAAGCAAAUGGGAAUGAAUGCUGCUCAGUGUGGUUUACUUAUUGGUAUCAGACCUCUCAUUGAAUUUCUCAGUGCUCCAUUUUGGGGUUCUUUGGCCGACAGGUGGCAAAAAGGUAAGCUGAUUCUGUUAGGUUCACUUUCCUGUUGGAUCAUCUUUACGUUACCCCUCGGUUUUAUUCAACCGCCUGCUACGAGUUGUAUGGUCAAAGAUAAUCAUACUAAUAUUUUGAGACUAUCCAAUCCGGAAGAAAGGAUCGUCAAGAGAUCGAUUGAUUUGGACGAUUGUUAUAAUGCACCAUCCGAUGACGAAUACUUGGAAGUUGCAGCAAACGUCGUUUUCGAAAGAUUAAGACGAGACACCGAGAAUAACGAGAUAUACGAUCGUACGGAAAUUCAUUCAGACGACCAAGCUAAAUCCGAUCCUCCAAUCGGGUCAUAUAACGUUGAACAAAACGAGGUUAAGAAGCUCGACGAUAAUAAUAACAAAGAAACACCUAUAGUAUAUGAUCUUGAAACAAACCGAGUUAGAAAACGACGAGAUGCUUCUAACGAAGAAAAUACUUCAUCCGGAGACCUGAGAUACGAACAAUUGGUAUUUGAGGACGAACCUAACGAUCCUGAUGCUAAAGUUAUCGAUUUCGAGGAAUUGCAACGAAAAAAUCGACCAGCCGAUGUGCUCGAGUAUAAACGUUUUCUCAAAAACGAACCUCUCGUAGAAGAAGGUAGAGUACCUAAAAAAGCGUAUCAAGGUAGAACUAAGGAAAAAGUUAAACCACCGAGAGAGAAGGUGAUGGUUCGUCGUGAGAUUCGUCAGGACAAGGAAAUAAUUCGUGAUAAUUUAGACAACAGCAAGGUAUUUUCCAGUUUAAAGAAUCUACGUAAAUUAUUGUCCACUGGGGAACGUGUAUUUGAGGAAAGAGAAAAGGACAAAAUCGACGAGAUGAUUGAGGACACACCUUUAACGAGAAACAAACGAAAUGUACGAACUUCGGCUGGACAAAGUCCUUUGGCAGUUACAUACGCUGCUAAUUAUAACGAGAAAGAAAACAAGGGUUGGGUCAAGCCACUUUUCAGUUCCAUCGUAUACAGAUUACCGGAUAUACACAAAACGUUCUUCCUCUUACUAUUGUUAGUCAUAGUAGGCGAAUUUUUCUCAGCUCCUGCUAUAACACUAGCUGAUUCUGCUGUUAUCACCCUACUCGGUGAAGAUGCCGACAGAUACGGACAUCAACGUAUGUUCGGAAGUUUGGGAUGGGGAUUGGCCAUGUUCUUUGUUGGUAUCGCUUUAGAUCACAGUACAGCUUUUCCGGAUCAUCCUUGCAAUCCGGACGCUAGAGAAAAAAAUUAUACGAUUUGUUUUGCUAUAUUUUGCGUUCUUAUGGGGGCUGCGCUUAUUACGGCAUUGCAGAUUAAUUUCAAGUACGACGUUGUUGCUUCUGAACCGGAAGUGGCAAAAGUACCGGCUGAACUAACGAGGGAAGAACAACUUCAGAGUCAAUUGUCGCAACAAUUAAAUCUGCCUGGUUUGCAGGAUUCCUCGGCUGCUAUUAAUCCAAAACCAUUACCACCGGAAGGCAAAACGAAAAUGUUUGCUCAAACGAUGCGAGAAAUUCCAGAAUGGGUGACAGUUUUGAAACAAUUUAAAGAUCUCAAAUGUAGUUCUUUCCUAUUCGUCGCUUGGUGGAUGGGUUUUGGUAUCGGACUCAUCUUUACUUUUCUAUUCUGGCAUCUUCAAGAUUAUGGUGGUUCACCUACGCUUUUUGGUGUUGCAUCGGUGAUAAAUCACAUUUCCGAAAUCUUUGCUUAUUUCUUCAGUUUCAAAUUGAUUCGACAAAUUGGCCACGUUAAGGUGUUGUGUCUUGGUUUAGCUGGAAACGUUAUACGUUUCUUAUAUAUAUCCUGGCUGAUUAAUCCUUGGUGGGUUCUACCUUUCGAAUUUAUUCAAGGAAUUACUCAUGCCGCGGUUUGGGCAGCCUGUUGCAGUUACAUAGCCCAUAACACACCGCAACAUUUGCGUUCGAGUGCUCAAGGUGUACUUCAAGGGUUACAUCAUGGUCUUGGAAGAGGAUGCGGUGCAGUGAUUGGUGGCAUGUUUGUCACUGCUUAUGGUACCACUACAACCUUCCGAAUUUACGGCCUCACCUGCCUUGUCGUUUUAGCGGCCUUCGUUUUCAUCAACUUUUACAGAAAAGAUACCGGCUUCGUUUCCGAUUUACCCCAAACCGAGGAUCCUCAUCAAGUAGCAGAAGUGACGCAUUUAGCACCUCACGGAGUACCGAGCAACGCCAUUCCAAGAGCACUCAGUUCAACUCGUCUUCAUGAACUUGCUAAUCAAGAUUCCGGAUAUGGUGCGACCUAUCAAACUACUGGUGGUAACUUGGACGUGCCUGGAGCUAACGGAGGUGCGGUCAACCCAACGAAUCCAUUUCUGAAUGGCGGUGGGGGCGGUGGCGGUGGCGGCGGUGGAUAUAAUUACGGUAUGACCGGCAAAGGAGAGGACGAGUAUAUCCGUAGGAGCUUCAAGGCUUAUAAUGAGGUGAUCGGUAAAGAGUUCGACUUGAUAAAACCACCUCCAAUAGAGACCCACCUGCACGCCCAACAACCAUGCACCAAUCCGUUUUAUCAGCAAUAUUACGACUGGUAACGAGACAGAUGUAAUCGAUCCUUGAACAACACAAGUUUCAUUGGUAUCACAACCAGUUGGAUUAAUCAAACAAGGUCUCGUGCAUAUUUUACAUACAAGAACCGAUUAGCGUUCUCGUUGCUGACCGUGUGAACACUUGUUUAAUAUCGAAGAAGAACUGCUUCUAUGUAUGUAUAUCGCAAAAAGAACCUAAGAGUUUCUUCUCCGAGAGACCAAAAAGAACAAAAAAGGAAAAAAAAAGAAAAAAUAAGAAAAAAAACAAUGAAAAAGAUUUCACAAAAAAAUAUAAAAAAAAAGUGGAGUGCGUCCGAGGGAUUUGCGCAUUUGAAAAAAAAAAAAACCAAACAAAUAAAAUACGACGAAUAUUAAUUGAUGUGUCGGUGAUAGGUUGAGAAUUUAAAAAAAAAAAAAAAAAAAAGAAACCUGAUUUCACACGCUCCUUUCUUUUUCUUACCCGAACAAGUCUGAAUUUUAAAAAUGCAUCGUCGUGCGCCAUUUUCACGCUUAUAAUAUAUAAAACACACUUUAACGUGAGAUCAUUUUUACGAGAAUCGUAUUACUUUCAUGAUUAAUUAAUAUUUCAAACGAUAUACAAGCUCUUAAAACGUCCAUGUUCGUUCAACGAAUAACGUAAAUGAAUAUAAUACAAAUUUAGGAAAAAAGCAACGACUUUUUUAUUUUCCAGUUAUUAGAAAAGAAUUAGAAAGGAACGUCUCGGAGGGUACUGAAAAGAAGAUGCUAUAUUAUUCCUUGUAAAUAUUCUUCUCUUAAAUGCCGAGCUAUAUUUCACUCUCUCUUUCUCUCUCUCUCUCUCUCUCUCUCUCUCUUUAUCUAUCAUUUGAAAGUCCUAUUAUGUUCCUAUUGCCAAAUGCUAUUCAUUGAUUUUGUUUAAAAAGAUAAAUUCGUAAAAAAAACUAAUCCUAAAUACAUUCUAUCGAGUAGUUCCUGUGGUAUGAUAUCAUUAUUAUACAUAAUACCAAUAUAUUACGUCGUUAUACGUGUAUAACACUGUUGAAAUAAAA